GUCGCAUAUUGGUUUGAGGACGCCGCGCCCAUACGCGCCUGCCUGAGCCAGAAAAGGCCGCUGCAUCGCUCCCCCAUUGAUCGGCCGCCUGUAUUUGCACAACCUCAGCAGUGCUGCUCUCCCCAGCGACUCGACCCCCACCGGUGUGACCCGUCCGUCGACUCGUGCAUCCUGCAUCCAUCGACCAAAGCUCGCUUCUCCCGCCGCCGCCAAGCGAUAAACGCCCCCCUACGCUGCAGAAGCUCCUGCGCAGCUGCCAGGAACUCGAACGAUCUCUCCGACCUUUGACCAGCCCCGUCUCGCCUCGUCGUCGUCCACCGCCCUUCCAUCUCCGCUGCACAGGGCUCCCGCGCAGACUGCCCUAACUAGACGGCAAUCAUACAACACCUCUCCACCAUGGCUGCUCCCGCGACCCAGUCUUUGAAGUGCGUCGUGACAGGCGAUGGUGCCGUUGGCAAAACAUGUCUGCUUAUCUCGUACACAACGAAUGCCUUCCCCGGAGAAUACAUUCCCACUGUGUUCGACAACUACUCGGCAAAUGUCAUGGUUGACGGGAAGCCCAUAAGCCUUGGGUUGUGGGAUACCGCCGGCCAGGAAGACUACGACAGACUGCGACCUCUUUCAUACCCGCAGACGGAUGUAUUCCUCAUCUGCUUCUCCAUCGUCAGCCCGCCUUCGUUUGACAACGUAAAGGCAAAAUGGUAUCCCGAGAUCGACCACCACGCGCCGGGUGUGCCAAUCAUCCUCGUCGGCACAAAGCUUGACUUGAGGGAUCACGAGCAAACCAAAGAGUCUCUGAGGCAGAAGAAGAUGGCACCAAUUCAAUACGAGCAGGCGGUCAUGGUUGCCAAGGAGAUCAAGGCACAAAAGUACCUGGAGUGCUCUGCGUUGACACAACGCAACCUGAAGAGCGUUUUCGACGAGGCUAUUCGCGCUGUACUCAGCCCUCGUCCCGCGCAAUCUGCCCAGAAGAAGAAGAAGAACUGCACCAUCUUAUAAAUAACACAACAAACAAGCGCAUAUGGGGUGGCAGCUUGGUGUAAUCGAAGACGAGUUGGGAGCUUGAAUAUAAUGCGUCGAUGCAGCAUCAGACCACAUUCAACCCAGCACUGCGAGAAGGACCACAUCUUCACUUCGAGGCACGAACGAUGCGCCCCCAGAAACCCAUGGCCAUAUGGGUGGACAAUAUUUUCACCAUUUUACUCAUGAACUAGCAUUGCUCUGCAGCAUCGUGCAUCUUCGUAAUACACAGUAUAUCUGGCAGAAGGGACAUGGACAAAGACGGCUAUGGCUCUUCGCUGCAUUACUCUCUCUUUUGGCGCGAUGGACUCAUGUAACUUUGGAUUUAGCAUGCUCGAUAGACUCUGGCCUUUGCAUCAUAAUUUCUUGUCUACA